AUGUCAACUGAAAUAGAAAAGAAAUUCUGUUCAAAACAUAACUUAGAAAUUUAAACAAUAGAUCUAAAAUAAUCAACUGCUGAAGAGAAUAAAUAUCUUUGCAUCAAAUGCCUAAUUGAGAAGAUAGAUAUUUAAAAUAUUGCUUUAGUUGAAGAGACAUAAAUAAUGAUAAAACAAAUGAAGAGUGAAUAGUUGAAUCAUAAAAUCAAAGAGAAUCAAAAGAGAAUAGAGAAUUUUACAUAAAUUCAAUCAUAAUUAAAAGAAUUGAAAUUAUCAAUCAAUAACAUAAUUGAUAAAGUCUAAAGUAACAUAGANACUCUAUUACCAAAACUUCUAAGUUAUGCUUUGAACAUAAUUUCUUAUUGUCUUCAGAUGACAUUUAUAUAUUUAAUUAUAAGAAGAUAUUCAAUUUUUUUAAUAGCUUUUAUAUAUAAAAAUAUUGUUAAUUCAAAUAAAAAUAUUCUAAAAUCUAAAACAUUAGCAAUUAUUGAUAUCUACUAGAAUAUAAUAAAUUAUGAAACUUUAUCUAGUUAAGCUUUUUAUUUCAUAAAAAUAUUAUCAAGCAUACAUUAAUCAAAUUAAUUCCUAAAAUUUUCAUAUUUGACAGUCAUUCCUUAUUAAAAUAACCUCAGAUAAAACUAUUAAAUUACAUGA